AUGGUCGAACUAACCGAAAUCAUUGAAGAAAGUAACACAUUCGAAGACCCUCAAUUGCAGCCAGUGGAUGAUGUUGUUGGCGACGAUUUGAAAGGUGCCGAUUUGUCUGAUGAUGAAUACGACAGCGAAUUCGAAGAUGAUUAUGAUGAAAACGAGACUUUUGUUGAGAGACUUGUGGCUUUAAAAGAUAUCAUUCCACCAAAAAAUAGACAAUCAAUCGCUAAACUUUUCAAUGCGACCACCGUGUUCAUGAGAAAGGCUUUUUCUAGGACCGGGUCGUUGACUUGGGCUAUCACCACGUCUGCUUUACUACUUGGUGUGCCUUUGUCUUUGUCUAUAUUAGGCGAGCAGCAAUUGAUUGAAAUGGAGAAGAAUUUUGACCUACAAAAGGAUGCUAAUGAUCUGUUAUCGCAAGGUGAUAGUGCAGCUGUUCCAGCCAGCGUCUGA